CUCAUUCUCUAUCCCUUCUAUUUCUCUGUGCUAGGCGUACUUUCCGCCGUUCAUAAAAUACAGCGACAACAAACGGCAACAUGGUUGGGUAUGCGAGUUGACUAGUGGGACGUAGAAGCUAUUCCUAGAAUGAGUCUAUCAUAAUAUGGAAAAGAAACGUAGGGAAUAUAGAAAAAAAAUAAAAGUAUCAUUUGAUGAAGAAAUAAUUACAAAAUAUAAAGCGGAAGAAAUACUUUCCGAACAAAAAGUUAUAGAGCAGAAUAAUACAGAUGCUUCGUUUAUUAAAAUUAAUAAUGAUCCAGUUCAAAAUCAAAAAGGUAAAAAACGAAAAGUAGCUCAAGUUAAAGUCGGCGAAAAUAUAAAUUUUAAGGAUAAAGAAAAAAUUAAAGACUCCAAGGAAAAACGUAAAUCUGCUGAAUUAGAUAAUAUAGUGACAAGUAAAACAGAGCCUGAAGAGCAAGAAAAAACAACUGAAAAAAAGGAAUCCAUACGCGCCCGAAAACGAGAAAAACAUGCCCAACUUUUAGAGCAAAGAAAAUUAAAAGUUGAUUUACAACUCCAACAAAAUGCUCUAAAUUAUUUAUCUUUGUGGAAACAUGAUAGAUCAGAAUGGAAAUUUGAGAAACUAAAACAAAUUUGGUUACAAAAAAAUCUUUUCGAUACGAGCAAAAUUCCUAAUGAUUUUUGGGAAACAACUGUUAACUAUUUUAAUGGCGCAAAAGGGCAUUCUAGACAAGAAGUUCUAGAAGCUGCUUUAAAAAUUGUUGACCGAGAGGAGCAAUCUGACCAAGAUCUAGAUAAUAGUGAACUUCAAGAACAGUUAAGGAGAGCCAGAAAUAUUAUACAAAUUUUACAAUAAUCUGUUAAUUUAGUGUGAAAUAAAUUUCUGAAAGUGUAAAGGAAGUUGAACUUAUAAAUAGGUAUAAACUUUUGAAAAUUAAAAUGUUUAUAUGUUUUAUUAAUAAAUUCUGGAUGUUAUAAUUACA